AUGAUCACUCUUAUUACUUUUGUUCCAGGUACAUUGGGUCCCAGUCAUAAUCAAUACAGCCCGGUUCAAGUUCUUCAACCAGCCGCAAUGACUAAGGGUCAGACACUUGGCAUCUUCUGGAGCCUUUUUCGAAUCUUUGUUUGCGAGGCUGUUGCUGCUGGCAUUCCCAGUUUGCCCUGUUUCCUCCUGCCCACGCCUACCUACCUGCCGGAUAUUGUUGUGCCUCUUGUCUUUGGUCUUUCGGUGUGCGUUUCUUUGUGGAUCACAGGAUCCACUAGCGGCGGUCAUAUUAACCCGAUGGUGACCUUGGCAACUGUAAUAACGCGUCGCAUCCCACUGCUCUACGUUCCCGCCUAUAUUGUGGGUCAGUUUGCAGGUGCUUUGGUCUCUAUGGGCAUUGCGUGGUGGGUAAGCCCAUUCCGCCGCCAAGAACCUAACACAUUUGGUAUGACGUUGCCUGGUGCCAACGUUUCUAUCGGCGCUGCAAUUGUCAUCGAGAUGAUUACCACACUUAACCUCAUCCUUGUUGUGCUUGCGUCGUUAGAUGAGGUGAGGGAUAAAUCGUGGCGGCUGGAGACGGGCAACAACUUUCCACUAACCUUACUAGUCGUCACAACAUCUAAUAUGGCUCUUACGGUAAGUCGCAUUUUUGUUAACAUCGGAGUCAAGUCAACUUUACAGUCUCAAACUGACAUUCAAAAAGCAAUCUCGAUAUCCGGAGCCAGUAUGAAUCCAUUUCGGAGCAUCGUAGCUGCUAUAUAUCAGCGGAAUUUCGACCGACAAUGGAUAUACUUCAUUGGACCACCAGCAGGUUGUCUUUUGGGCUGCUUUCUCUAUGAGUUAAUUAUCUGCCCCUUCGCCUCGAUUCGUCGGACUCGCAUGUGGCUGACCUCGAGGGACUUUGAUCGGCACUGCAAGUAUGAUACGGAAGGAACUAAUGAGCCGGAGAACAGCGCAGCAUCGCUUUAA